GUGAUUGGUUGAGUCUGGCUUUACGGCACACAUUCAAAACUUGUGUCGUCGCCGUCCUACAUGCUUUGAAACUUUGGCUACAUUUUUAUGGAUAUUCAUAUGUUUUGUUGGCAAGUAAACAACGAUCCAGCGCAAUGUUUUAAGCUGUGAACCACGUGAUCCAGGCGACAGUUUGGAGUGAAAACGCAUGAAGUUUCUAAUAGGAAGACCUGCCUGAAUAAACUAGAAAAUCUAUUUUGUGUGGGACACCAGUAUUAAUACAGCAUGGCCAAUGAGACCACAGAAACAUCUUUUGACAAUCAGAAACAAGAGGAUGAAGACUGUUGUGAGAAUGUCCCCCCUGUAUCGGUUUUGUGUGAAACAGGCCCCGCAACGCCAAAAUCAACUUGUAGUGAAAAGGGGAAGACACGUUUGACUGGUCUACAGACUGGUCUCACUCCCAUUUUAAAGUAUCUCAAUACUGGAAAUAAAUGUAAAGCAAGUAGUGCUUCAAUAUUAUCUUUUGGAGACAAAGAAAACCAUGCCUGUUCUGUGCUAAAUGAAAACCUCCCAGAAAUCACCCUGCUUGAUGUAACGUGUGACUCAACUUUGAAUGCUACAAGAAGUUGUGACAGUGUACCUUGUACUCCAGUUAUUCUUAAAGAGUUUAAGAAACCUCUGCAAGUUUUAGAUGUAAACCUCAACUCAAAACUAUGUCCCACUUCGACCCCUAUUCACUGGCUAUAUGAUGAAAUCCUACCUGAAAUGACACUUUUGGAUGAUACAUGUGAUUCCACUAUGCCCCUGACAAAACAAGACCGGGUACAUUCAGAUAGUGCACCUGGUACUCCAAUUUGCCAAGUAGAGACACCUAAAAAUCCUGUUGAAAAGGUUGUAGAAACUUCAAAGGGAAGCCUCACUCUAACCCCCAAGCCUGAUACAAGUUAUGAUGUGUCUUCAAGGUUGGGGUUUCCUUUUCAGACUUCUGAUGAGUCCUCACCAAAAAAUAGACCUUUGGAAACAUGUGAAAUUAUGUUAUCAGAAACUGCAAAACUAGAAGUAACCCAAUGUUCUCUGGAAAAAACAACUUUCACUGGCAAUUUAACCCAUUCAAUAAGUUCUGGAAGUGGAGUGUCUGAUAGCAUUGUGGAAGAUGUUAAAAAGGUCCAGCUUCAAGUCACCCAGGAUAUUUCUAUGAGCAGUACUUUCGAAAGCAGCAAAUCGUCAUCAGAAAAUAGUACACAAAAGAUGGAAAAGACUCAACAAGCUGCUGAAAGUCAUCCAGUGAACAUUACAUGUGAUUUAAUUACAUCUAAUACGUCAGUUCAGUGUGAAGGAUGGCAAUCUUCAGGUUGUAACUCUAAAAAUGUCACUUCUGAGCUUCAAAUUGAACUUGUCAAAGCCUUACCUAGAGAGGAGCAAAGUUGUAUUUCUGACUACACUGAGAGAAAAAAUCAAAACAAAAAUGUAUCCCUAAACGGCACAUUUACUACUGUUCAGGGCCCAACUGAUGCUGCAACGCAUGACCUACAGAACAGAACACUGGAUCUUCCAACAAAUAGUUGUAGUCCACUCAUGGCAGAAAAUGAAAAUGCUAAUAUGAGCACAAAGCAGGUGAGCCCGGAAUCUUCCCUAAUUUUGAAUGACGAUUGCACAGGUUCAAAAUUGAGCCAAAGUUGUGCAAUGCAAAAUCAGACAUUUGAAAAGGACUCUCUUCACAAAUCUGGUGGAAGUACAAUUUCAGAACAAGCUGGUGUCACAGUUGCAAGUCUUCAGAGCACAUUUGAAAACCAACCAAAUGGGACAAGUACUUACACAGAAAUAACAACGAUGGGUGACAAGCAGCAUGUCACAUCAGAAAAGUCCUCUCCUUCCCCAGUCAAAAAUGUGAACACUACUGAGCCCAAUCCUCCAAAGACGUGUGAAAAUAUACAAGCGACCAUGGAUUCUAAUGGCAAAUUAACUGAGCCUCAACAGAGCACUUUUAAUGUCAACACACCAAUAAAAGAAGACUGUGGUUCUCCGGGAUUCAGUGCUGGCAGUAGGGAAGCAAAGGAACAGCCUCUGUGUGAUUCAAUCAUUCAUCACAACACAUUCACUGAGAGCAACAAAGCUAACACUUUCAGUUUGGAUAGCACAAUUGAUUUUAAAUCUGACCCACUGGUUACAUCAACACCAAUGCCCACCAGUAAGGCAUUCAGUUUUACUGUAGAAAGAGAAGAUGACAAAAUCGCAGUGGCACAGAAGAAGCUGUAUGGAGAACAACACAAUAAGCCACUUUAUCAGGUGACAUCAGAAAUACCUUCAAAUAUUGUGUGCGACCGGAAGACAUUUUUGCCCCAACCUACCACAAAGCAAAAUAUGCUCUCCAAGAAGGUGCCAUCGCUGCUGUCAAAGUUUAAGCCGGGAUCCUUACUUCCAAAACGUCAUAAUUUACCUACUUCUGGCCUGCCAAUGAAAACAAACACUGCUCAAAUCCUUCAGCAGACCACAGAAAUUACAUGCUCUUAUAAUUUGAGAUCCACAACAGCUGCUGCUUUAGCACAAAAGCAGCCUAUCUCUGGCCUGCAAAAACCAGCAGUAACCAGCAUACCUUCGGGCAUCCAUAGAGCAGGACAUGGCUUCAAACCACCGCAGGCAAAAAGCGUCUCUUCAGGCUCUUCAGGCUCUUCAGGCUCUUCAGGCUCUGAUAAACCUGUUCGGGGCACUAACCCUGUGACUAAGACUGCAUUACCAGCCAAGAAACACCCCUUACCGAAAACUGAUGCCUUACCUGCUCCAAAGAAGAAAAAGAUGGAUACUCCUUUGCCAUCCACUAAUGUUGAAGCUUCUACAGCUUCUUCAGACACAGUCAAAGCCAAAAGCCUGAAGCCUCCUUCACACAGCCAGAGAACCUUCCCUGCCAAACCUCCAAAACAUGAUGCUGCAGUAGUGCCAUCUGAUGCUACAACAACUUGUGACCCAACCAGUAGUGUUAGGACUUUGAGACCACCGUCUACCAGUCUCAAGGCCCCCAUUACUAAACCCCCGUGCCAGCGUUGUGCGACCUGCAGUUCACUUCAGGAACAGCUUAAAUUGAAAGAUGAAGAAAUUAAGCAAUUAAAAGAAGAACUUCUAAAAUGGAGCCAAAAAGAAGAUCCAGCAACAUAAACGAUGUGAAUGGAAUCGACUGAAUUUUGUUAAUAUAAUGUGGCAACACUUUUAGCUAAUUUUAUGUGUAACAAAACAUUGUAAAUUUUGAUAAAUAUGUACGUUAUUGGUUAAUAAAAGACCCAUAAAUAAAAUCUUUACAGUAUUGCUAUACAGAUAUUAUCCUUUACCAUUAAAUAAACCAUUGUAUCUAUACAAAGCAACAAAGUCAUCUCUCCUAUAGUCUAUGCACACAUACAUUUAUACAUACAUAAUAUAACAAUAAACACAUAUUUGGCUU